UCCACGAAGGUUCCGAAAGCAAUCCUCAAAAACCCCGAAAUUGUCGGAACUCGGAAUCAGACCCCAUUUCUCACUCCCCUGCAGUACGCGUAUUCUCUCCAUGGCCUCGACGGCGCGUGCAAUACACUGCGGGCUUAGGUCACAGAACCCCGCUCUUACGAGGAGAGAACCGGCGGUUCCGGUCCAGGUUCAGGUUCCGGCUCCGAAAGCCAAGCCGGCCGAUUCGGAUGGAGCGAAGAUCGUGUUGCAGCCUCGGUUGUGUAAUCUGAGAUCGUACGGCUCGGAUCGGGUCGGGGUGAUUAGGACGAGGAGGGACGGUGGAGAUGGAGUUGGUGACGUGUCUCCGUUCUUUGCGACUCUUUCGGAGUAUAUAGAGAGCUCGAAGAAGAGCCAUGACUUUGAGAUCAUCUCCGGUCGGCUGGCCAUGAUUAUUUUUGCAGCAACAGUGACAAUGGAGUUGGUGACUGGGAACUCGUUAUUCAGAAAGAUGGAUCUUCAAGGCAUUGCUGAAGCGGGUGGGUUGUGUUUGGGGGCUGUUACUUGUGCUGCUACCUUUGCAUGGUUCUCCAGCGCCCGAAAUAAAGUGGGUCGGAUUUUCAGCAUCGGCUGUAACACAUUUAUUGAUUCGCUAAUCGAUCAGAUCGUCGAUGGCUUAUUCUAUGAAGGUGAUCCCGGCGAUUGGUCUGAUGAGAUUUGAGACAUAAUCAGCCAGAUCAGUCUCUGAUUGUGGAAGACAUAUAUAGCCAGAUCGCCGGCCAUUUUGAAGUUUCUUACACCUAAAGAAGCUUAUCGCUAUAUAUAUAUAUAUAUUUUACAUGUCCACAUAAGAGGGGAGAAGAGAUUCGAACUAGUAACCUCCUCUUCAUGAGGCGUAGUCCCCAACUGAUUGAGCUACCCCUUGGGGAUAUAUAUAUAUAUAUAUGUGAUGAUGUUAUACUAUUACAUGGCAUGUGAUCGAAUUAACGCGGGUAGGAAAAACUAAUAUUUGUUAAUUAAUGGCUUCGGUCCAUCUAUUUGGGCUUUUGCUAUUUCUUUGUGAAAUUAACUAUAAUCAAUCAUUACGUGUAUUUGCUCAAA